GUUUGUUUGGUCGUGUUUAUAUCGUGCUCGUGUUAAUGGUGAAUUAACUGUUUAUUAAUCCAUCUUUAUGUUGGAAAUUCAUAUCACAAGAUAGACAAUUCAACGAACUCUCCAGAUCUUCCAAAUUCGUGUCUGAUUUGAGUGAUAUCUGUGAUAUAACAAUGAUUUAGAUAUUUAAACUGUAUAAAUAUGAACUGAAGGUGAUGAACAAAAACUAAUCAAGCAAAUACACAAAAACCAUUUCCUCUAUUUAGUGAUAAGCUCUGCCUGGCUAUCGAAUCUCUUUAUCGUCGCAACCAGAGGCGUACCCAGAGAAAUAUAAUUCGCAUUAAUAUGGAUAACGAGCUGAAGAAGAUAUUAUUGGACUUACAGGCUUCGAGUAAAGAUAUCAAGGAAGAAUUGAAAGAAAUAAAAGGAGCACUACAAAAACAAACGAAUAAAAUUGAACAAAUCACAAAUAAAAUAAACGUUCUUGAAAAGGAUAACCAGUUUUUGAAAGAAAAAUUGAAAUUCACGGAACGUAAAAUCAAACGAAAUAAUAUCGUAAUUUUUGGAAUCCCAGAGGAAGAGAAUCCGCUGGCUUACUUCAAGAAAACUGUUGAAGAAAAGUUGGAAAUCUCAUUCGAAGAAACUGAAGUUGAUAAUAUUUACAGAAUCGGACAGAUUAAAGAAGGUAGACCACGAGCUGUUAUAUUAGAAUUCGUCAGAAAUUUGAAAAAAACUGAGAUCUUCAAUAAAGUUACUAAAUUCAGAGGCACCGGUAUAACGAUCAGCAACGACCUCACAGAAGAAGACAGGAAGGAACAUAACGUGUUAUACAAGAACUUGAAAAUUGCAAGGGAAAAACAGUAUCAAGCAAAAAUCAAAGGAAAUAAACUAAUUGUGAACGGAGAAGUCUACACAUAUCAACAGUUGAAAGAACAGGAAGAAGAAACAGGGGAGAAUGAAUCAAAUAAUUUCUUCAGGACCAAUAGCGCACCAUCAACUCCAACUUUAAGAAACGGAAGUGAUUCCGAAGAAACAUCUGGCUGUAAUUCGCAUACACAAGCCAACUCAACCAAUCAACCCACUGUAGGAGUAUCUGUAAAGCCAGAACUGAAAAGGCCUGUAUAUACCAGAUCAACAUCAAAAAGGGGACCCGAAGAUAGAGAUCCUCCUUCACCAAUAGUUAAGAAGUCUAAGUGAACUAAUUCAAUUUAUUAAGUAAUUGUUUUACAAAUCAUCUAUAUAUGCACAACAAAGAUCAUCCCUUCUAGAAAUAAAUCUUGACACAACAAAAAAAAUGGAUCCAUUUAUUGAGGAAUUGGUUUAUGAUGCUAUACAAACACAAAAGGUAAGCACUAUUCAAGAAUUCAACUCUGUUUCACAAGAAUUCAAAAAUAAGUCAUUCCAGAUAUUUCAUACCAACAUUAGAAGUCUUUCUAAAAAUCUUGAUGAGGCAAAUAUAUUCUUUGAACAAUUUGAUGAAAGUUUUGAUAUUAUUGCGUUAACAGAGACAUGGAGUAUACUCAAUUUGAAUCUCUAUAAGAAACAUGGAUAUAACCUAGUAUAUAAUCAAGGAAACAUCAACCAGAAUGACGGAGUUGUAGUAUAUUUGAAAGAUAAGUAUGACUAUACUUGUGCUAUAGAAAAUAUAGGACCCGUUAAGGUGUUAAAUAUUUUGAUGGCGCUGGGUAUAAAUAACAAAAUCAGGAUAAUUGCUAUCUACAGGCCACCAUCUACUCGUCCAUACCAGUUUAAUGACAGUUUAUCAGAAUUUUUAGACAACAAACAAAAUCAACCUGGUGAAACUUGUGUCAUACUUGGCGAUAUGAAUAUUGAUAUCUUCUCUGGUACUGACUAUUCGCAACAGUAUCUUAAUGUUUUGUCGAUGAACAACUUCAAUUCCUAUAUAAAUGAUUUCACUAGAGUUGAUAAGAAUAGUAGAACUUGCAUAGAUCACAUCUUCAUUAGAACAAGAAUGGAACCUGUAUCUCUUUUACCUAUAAUCUACGAGAGUUGCUUAACAGAUCACUAUUCACUAAUAAUUUGCAUCAAAUCAAAUAAUAUUCAAAAACCAAUAAAAACUCAAUACUUCAAAAAAAUUGUUAAUUAUGAAAAAAUCAAAUCAAAUCUCGCUGAGGAAAACUGGGACCCAGUAUACCAAACUAUUGAUGUGAAUAUCGCGGCAGAUUUAAUAAUACAAAAAAUCAAGACUAUCAUACAUAAAAACACAAAACAAAUGAAGAUUAAAAAAGACGAGAAGAAAAAAUAUUGGAUAACAAAAGCACUUGUCGUAUCAGUUAACAAUAAAAAUCAAUUAUACAAAGAAGCAAAAGAGCAUCCUCACGACGAAAAUAUCCAAAAGAAGUAUAAAAAUUAUAGGAACAAAUUAAACUUAUUAAUAAAGAAUGCGGAAAUUGAUUUUUUUGAUAAAGAAAUUGAAAAAAAUCAAGGUUCUUCGAAAGGAUUAUGGAACGCAGUGGAAAGAAUGUGCAACGAAAAUAAAAAAGGAAAUAUAAUCAAGGAAGUGAAAACGCGUGAUGGUAACAUAACGAACGAUAGGUAUGAAAUGUCGAAUCUUUUCAAUGAACAUUAUAUCAAUGUGGGGAAAAAUUAUGCAACAAAAAUCACUGAACCAAAUGGAUAUGUCGAAAAUCAUAAAAGGCUGAACCAAACUAUGUACCUAUUUCCUACAAAUGAUACAGAAGUCAAAGACGUUAUAGAAACACUAAAACUGGGUAAAGCACCUGGAAAUGACGGAAUAACUUCAGAGAUUCUGAAAAUGAAUAAGGAUAUUUUAUGCAGACCCUUAACUCAUCUCAUUAAUAAAGUAUUCGAAAACGGGGAAUUUCCUAACCAAUUGAAAUUAGGUAUGAUUAAGCCACUAUAUAAGCAAGGGGAUAAAACAGAUAUCAUCAACUAUAGACCCAUUUCCCUCAUUUCAAGCGUGGCGAAAAUUGUGGAAAAAAUCAUGAAGAGGCGGAUUGACAGUUUUCUGAAGAAACAUAAUAUUAUUUCGGAUAAACAAUUUGGAUUCCAAAGUGGUAAAAAUACAGAAGAUGCAAUAGCACAGCUAACGAAACUAAUAUAUGAAAACCUUGACUGUAGCAAACCGACACUAGCUAUUUUCGUUGAUUUGGGUAAGGCGUUUGAUAAAGUAAGUCACUCGAGAUUAUUAACAAAACUAGAAAAUCUAGGAUUCCGUGGUAAAUCACUAAGCUUGAUCAAGCACUACCUCACAAAUCGUCAACAGUAUGUUACAAUUGAUGGAGUGAAGAGUGAAUUGAAAACAAUAGAACAUGGCGUACCUCAAGGGACAGUGUUGGGUCCGGUUCUGUUCAAUAUAUAUCUUAAUGACUUGCUAGAUAUGCCAAAAAGAGGUAGGAUUCUUAGUUUUGCGGAUGACACGGCAAUAAUUUACAGGGCAGAUAGUUGGCAAAACUUGAAAAAGUUAGCCGAAGAUGAUUUCAUGUCAGUAAAAAAUUGGUUUGACGUGAAUGUCUUAACAGUGAAUGCCGAUAAGACUAAAUAUCUUCCUUUUUCAUCGUAUCACAAUCACUUACCUCCAUAUAAUGUUCUAGAAAUGCGUGACAAUGUAGGUAACAUCAAAAUGCGAAUAGGAGAGGCCAGUUCGAUUAAAUAUCUGGGCAUUAUGAUUGAUAGACAUAUGAGAUGGAACGUGCAUAUCAACUAUCUGUGCGAAAAAUUACGAAUGCUGUUACCAAAAUUCAAAUUUAUUAAACAAUUCCUGACGAUUCCACAAUUAAAAUCAGUUUACUACUCACUAGUCCAAUCUCAACUUUCCUAUGGCAUUAUUGGGUGGGGCAGCGCUAGUAGUACAUACGCAAAGCAUGUUGAGGUUAUUCAAAAAUGGAUUCUUAAGAUUAUAUUCAAUAAAACCCGCUUAUAUUCUACCGAAAGAUUAUAUGAAGAGUCGGGAGUGUUGGAUUUGAGACAGAUUUACAGCCAAAUACUCUUAAUAUAUCUACAUAAAAACAAAAUCAAUAUUCGAUAUAGAGACCACGUUUAUAAUACCAGGAGC